AUGAGCCUUCCUGUGGUAAAAACUCAUCAGCAAGGAACAGUUAGCGGCGAGAUGAUGGAGGAGACACAGCCCAAGACAUCGAGCGCAGAUCAGAAGCCUAAUGAUCAUGAUCAUGAAUCAACAUGCGAGAAUGAACAAGCACCGAUGGUGCAAUUUGUACAAGGAACACUUUAUGGACUGCCAAAGCAAUGGAUUGUGGAGCAAAGGCCACGGACCUCUCUCAAGUACCUUGGCAAAAUUGAUCAUUUUUUCUAUGAGCCUUACACAGGGAAAAGAUUUCGUUCACUGAAAUCAGCACAAAAGCACAUUAUAAUGGAAGCAACAAGAAAUGAGCAAACACCAGAUCAAGCAUCACAAUUAUUACUUGAUGAUGGUCAUUUUAAGGCUUUGAGGAGCUCAUACUUUCCAUCCAACAGCACUAUUCCAAAGAAGAAUAAAAAAACGCCAAAGUUUGAUUUUGUAAAGCCACCCGAAUCUGUGACAUGGGUCCUGGAUGAUGCUGAAGCUGAUAAAUGGAGCCCAUGUAUCGGUGACACACUGGUUCCUGAGGAUGUGAAGAUCCAUUGGGCUCAAACAUUUUCAUCCAUCAAUUCUGGGAAUGACAUUGACAUCUCAUCAUCUUCUUAAUUUCAAACCCAUGUUGGUUUUUUAUGGAUCAGUGUAGUACAUGGCACUAUAACGAGAAAGGACAUGGAUCUCCCUGUAUCCAUCUAUAUAUAUAUAUAUAUAUACAUAUUUAGU